GAAUCUGCGCUGCUUCCAUUGCGCAAGUCUCCCAGCCAUCCAUCGCCCAUGGAGGGGCAACCGUCGGACUAGAGGCAGCUUUAUAAGGUACGGCGGUGACUAGGCACCUGUGCCCCACCCAACGGUUAAAAGUGCGAUUCUAGGUUCGGAGAGGGGUAAACCCAGUGCUGUGUUACAGACCAGCAAGUUAGGCUCCGAGUUCAAAUUUUCUAACCAUCUAACCAACGUCACAUUGUGCCUUACUUUGUCUUUCCAUACUCGGGGCUGCAGACCUCACUUACAGGUUUAUUUUCAAGUGUGCCCUCAAAAGGAACAUUCAGCGUUCAGAAGUAUUGAAUUGAUUUGCCUCUCUCGGAUUAAAACGAAUCAUGACUUUACAGGCAAUCAGAUAUAAUGAUGGCGAUUUGUCUAUUAUAGAUCAGUUGCAGCUUCCAUAUGUUGAACGUUACAUAACGGUACAAUCGAGUGAGGAAGCAUGGCACGCAAUAAAAGAUAUGCGAGUAAGAGGGGCACCCGCUAUUGCCAUUGUAGCGGCCCUCGCUCUUGCAUCCGAGCUUCAUAGGCUCAUGGCAUGCAAUAACAUACCUUCGGAAGCCCCAGAGGUUCAAGCCUUUAUUGCGAAAAAGCUCGAUUAUCUCGUGAGCAGCAGGCCCACAGCAGUGAAUCUUGCCGAUGCUGCUCGGAAACUCAGGGCCGUGGCGAGUGAUCAUACACAAAGGCCUGGAUCGACCGGGCGCAGCGUCGCUACUGCUCUGAUACAAGCAGCAGAGGAAAUGCUGAAGAAGGAUAUCGAGGACAAUAAAAACAUAGGAAAGCAUGGUGCCCAAUGGAUCAUGGCCAAUGCCGCGGGUAAGCCGAAGGCUACUGUUCUCACUCAUUGCAAUACGGGCUCCCUUGCAACAUCAGGAUACGGCACUGCGCUCGGGGUUAUCCGCGCCCUUGCGUCUGCAGACAAUUUGAACCAUGCUUACUGCACCGAGACACGACCCUACAAUCAAGGAUCUCGGUUGACUGCGUUCGAAUUGGUCCACGACCGUCUCCCCGCCACCCUCAUAACAGACUCCAUGGCCGCUGCUCUACUUGCGAAGUCUGGUUCUAAGGUAGAUGCCAUCGUAGUGGGGGCGGAUAGGGUGGCUGCUAACGGAGAUACGGCGAAUAAAAUUGGUACUUAUGGCCUCGCUGUGCUUGCAAGGUAUCACGGUGUAAAGUUCCUCGUCGCUGCACCGCUUACUACAAUUGAUCUGGCCACCCCAUCCGGGAAUGAAAUCAUAAUCGAGGAACGUGCGGCCUCCGAGGUCACAAAUGUCAGAGGGCCGCGUGCCAGCAAUUCUACCAAUGGGAUUGAACUAGAAACUGUGCGCAUAGCCGCCGAUGGCAUCGAUGUCUGGAACCCGGCCUUUGAUGUCACACCGUCCACACUUAUUGACGGUAUCAUUACAGAGAGGGGCGUGGUCGAGAAGGACGCCAGUGGACAAUUUCACUUGGAGGACUUGUUUCGCAACUCAUCUUCAACAUGAGCAGGCGUCGAUGUCACCUCUUCUUGAUUAUAGCAUUGCCCGCUCAUCUGUUCGGUUCCUGGGCGCUUUUCAAACGCAUUCAGUAAAUCCUCUAUUUUGUUUUCCAGGGUGUCCAAAUGAUUUUCCAGCGCUAGAGCUGUCAUUUCGCCACUGGGAACAGUCCGUUAGAUGAGGACAAGAAUUGAUUGUCUUGCACGCAUACCUUGUAAUAUCUUUGAAAGCCUGUUGCUAGCGAUUAGCAUCUUCGUGUUGAAUGUAGCAAUACUUUAAGGGCGCUCUCGGGCAUAUGUAUCCACUGAAGUACGAUUCCUGAUUAUGCUUAAAAUCAACUUACUUGGGCGAUGGUAUCAUUCUGUUGGUCACUAGACGGCAUGGCUGCUGUACGGGUACUUAGUUGGUGGGUG